CGUCGUCCCCGCCUCUUCCCGAGGGGCAGCGUCGGAGCCUCGGAGGCGGCGGAGCUUGCGGCCUGAGGAGAGCGUCUCGCUCCGGAGCGGCGGCGGCCACCGAGACCCACCCAAAGGCGCGACCCCACCCCGGCCUCCCAGCGCUCCCAGGCCUCAGCGGCCGCGCCCCUUCAGCUCGCUCGCUCGCUCUCCUUCCCUGCUGCCCGCUGCGCCAUGGCGUUGGCGUUGGCGGCGCUAGCGGCGGUCGAGCCGGCCUGCGGCAGCAGGUACCAGCAGUUGCAGAAUGAAGAGUCUGGAGAACCUGAACAGGCUGCAGGUGGUGCUGCACCACCUUACAGCAGCAUUUCUGCAGAAAGCGCAGCAUAUUUUCACUACAAGGAUGAGUCUGGGUUUCCAAAGCCCCCAUCUUACAAUGUGGCUGCAACACUGCCCAGUUAUGAUGAAGCGGAGAGGACCAAGGCUGAAGCUACUAUCCCUUUGGCUCCUGGAAGAGAUGAGGAUUUUGUGGGUCGGGAUGAUUUCCGUGAUGCUGAUCAGCUGAGGAUAGGAAACGAUGGGAUUUUCAUGUUAACUUUUUUCAUGGCAUUCCUCUUUAACUGGAUUGGGUUUUUCCUGUCUUUUUGCCUGACCACUUCAGCUGCAGGAAGGUAUGGGGCCAUUUCAGGAUUUGGUCUCUCUCUAAUUAAAUGGAUCCUGCUUGUCAGGUUUUCCACCUAUUUUCCUGGAUAUUUUGAUGGUCAGUACUGGCUCUGGUGGGUGUUCCUGGUUUUAGGCUUUCUCCUGUUUCUCAGAGGAUUUAUCAAUUAUGCAAAAGUUCGGAAGAUGCCAGAAACGUUAUCAAACCUCCCCAGAACCAGAGUUCUCUUUAUUUAUUAAAGAUGUUUUCUGGCAAAGGCCUUCCUUCAUUUAUGAAUUCUCUCUCAAGAGAGCACCUGCAGGAAGUGAAUCAAGAUGCAGAACAGAGGAAGAAUCAACUGCUUUAAUAAAAUAAAGUACUGUUGA